CAUAGAUCCCGCUUCAAACCCAUCCUCCCCAGGCUCCUCGCCACCAUGGCCCAGAAAAUACGUUCGGCAGACGGUUUGCUCAGAGCAAUUCCAGAUCCCGGCCAGAAAGUCGUCCUGCCGAAGGACGGCGAGACCAAUAUCCUAAUCACAUCCGCCCUUCCUUACUGCAACAAUGUUCCCCACCUCGGAAAUAUCAUUGGGAGCACUCUGAGCGCCGACGUAUACAGUCGGUACUCUCGGACACAAAAUCGGAGGACCCUCUACGUUUGCGGAACGGAUGAGUAUGGAACGGCUACGGAGACGCAGGCAUUGAAAGAAGGCAUCACUCCACGAGAGCUGUGCGAUAAAUAUCACGAACUUCACGCAGAGACUUACAAGUGGUUCAACAUCGGUUUUGAUUACUUUGGCCGCACGUCUACACCUCAUCACACUGAGAUCUGCCAAGAAAUAUACUUGAAUUUGGCAGACCACAGCCUACUAGAAAAGCAGACCAAGGAACAGACUUACUGCGAAGGCUGUCAAAAGUUCCUCGCAGAUCGAUUUGUCGAAGGAAUAUGUCCGCACUGUCAUUCCGACGAUGCACGGGGUGACCAAUGCGACGCUUGCAGUCGAACUCUAGAUGCCAUAGAGCUGGUGAAACCUCGGUGCCUCAUCGACAAGACACAUAAAGUUGUCCCUAGAUCUUCUGCUCACAUGUACGUCAAGUUAGACACGAUCCAGCCGCACACAGAGGAAUGGAUCAAGCAAUCCUUCAAGGCAGGAAAAUGGUCCCCGAACUCAGUGAUCAACAGCGAUGGAGAGUUGGUCGACGACCGUUUGAGGGGCGGACUCAGACCAAGUCCCGUCACGAGAGAUCUCCAGUGGGGUGUGCCCGUCCCCAUCAAAGAGGGAGAGGACGACCAGGGAAUGCGGGGAAAAGUCUUGUAUGUUUGGUUUGAUGCGUGUAUCGGUUAUCCAAGCAUCACCUCCAAUUUGACGCCAGAUUGGAAGCAGUGGUGGUUCAACCCCAAGAACGUCCGCCUAUACCAGUUCAUGGGCAAAGACAACGUGUACUUCCACACGAUCUUCUUCCCUUCGAUACAAAUUGGUGAUGGGCGGGAUUGGACGAAACUUCACCAUCUAUCCACCACAGAAUACCUUAAUUACGAAGGUGGAAAGUUCUCAAAAAGCCACAAUCGCGGAGUCUUUGGGCCCGCAGCGAAGGAGACAGGUUUACCAGCGUCGGUCUGGCGGUAUUACCUGCUUUCGACAAGACCUGAGACUGCAGACGCUAUGUUCUCCUGGGCAGAUUGUAUCGCAGCAAAUAACAAUAUCCUGCUAAACAACUUCGGAAACUUCGUUAAUCGCGCUCUUAAAUUUAUCUCAUCUCAAUAUGACGGCGUUAUUCCCGAUGGCAAGGAUGUCCCUGGGCCCCUCUCUCCGAACGACGAAAUAGAUGCGGAAUUCGUGUCGGAUGUGAACAGUCUCAUCAAAGACUACACAGAAGCUAUGGACGUCGUCAAGUUACGCCUCGGCCUGCAGAUCGUCAUGCAGCUUUCCGCCAGAGGCAAUCUGUACCUCCAAGCAUCAGGUCUGAACAAGGCCUUGAUGGUAGAGAACCCCACACGCUGCGCGCAGGUUGUUACGCGCGCGGCCAACCUCAUCUACGUCCUCUCCGUCCUCAUCUACCCCUUCAUGCCCGCCACCUCCGAAGCCAUCCUUUUCCAGCUAAAUGCGCCCCCGCGUGCGGUACCCUCCGUCUUCUCCGUGGACAUCCUCCCCGGCCACCACAUCGGCAAGCCCGAGCACCUGUUCAAGAAAAUCGACGAGAAUAUGGCCGACAUUUGGAGGGACAAGUUCGCCGGGUCGAAGCCCGCCGUGGUGGCGGAGCCGAGCGCAGACGCGACGCACGUUGCACCCGCCAUGUCAAAGCGCAAGGCCGCCGCAGCGAAGAAGGCAGCACAGAAGACUCCCACUGCUGCGAAGGACGAAGGCCCGAAGUCUGCGGAGGUGCUGACGUGGGAAGCGAAGGUGGCGGAACAGGCCACUGUGGUUCGGGAAUUGAAAGGUCGGACUCCCAAGACGGAGGAGCUGGAUAAGGAGAUCACCGCUGCUGUGGACCACCUCAAGAAAUUGAAGGCCGAGCUGGCCGCGCUGCCUAAGUGAGCAGGACGUUUCGUUGGUUUAUUUGGCUUGCUGGUGGUUGUGUAGUAGAAUGCGUUGUGUAGGAGUGUCUUGAAUCAUCUUAGUGCUAUGAUGAUUUCGUUAGAUUUCCGCGGGCUGGUAUCCCAGGCCGUCUCGGGUAUUUCCGAAACGGCAGGGUCCGAAGGCAAUAUCGUGCCGUGCCAAUACCGACUUGUCUCAACCUCC